AUGAGGAAUUAUUCGUAUCCAGAACAUUGUUAUCUACGGCUCGAUGGAUGGACACUCAACAGAAAAAGUAAGGAAAAAAACAGCAUCUCAGGAAGCCAACAAGCGACCGGGGAAACUACAUCCGAAGCAGCAAAGUCGGAGUCGGAAGAUCCGACGCAAUCGGUGUCGCCAAUCCUGGCCUUGUUAAAAAGGGCGAUUAAAACUAAAGCGAACCGCCGGAUAGACGAGUGCUUGUUUAUGAUGACUUAUUGUGUCCGGAAGUUUCAUACACCCGAAACGAUAAGCAGUUCCCGUGGAUUCUUCUACUUCCUAGAGUAUUAUACGUGAGUAUUUGUAAAAA